UUGGUGUUCGGAAACGGCACGUAGUGGGACUUCGCAACAGUACUGCGAGUCCGCACCAAGUCUAUCAAACCUGGAACACCGGCAACGCUAAAACAUCUCCAUAGGCAGGCUCUAACAAAGACCGGAUUAUUAACCAGGCAAGGGGGAGAGGAGAACCAAAAAGAAAAGGACAUCAAUUUGUAUUUUGAAACCAAGAGCGAUGAGUCGCAGUAUUGUUCGACAGAGUAAGUUCCGGCACGUUUUUGGCCAAUCUGCAAAGGCAGAACAGUGCUAUGAUGACAUUCGUGUUUCCAAGGUAACAUGGGACAGCUCCUUCUGUGCAGUCAACCCCAAGUUUCUCGCCGUUAUUGUCGAGUCCAGUGGAGGGGGGGCUUUUCUAGUCCUGCCACUUUCAAAGGUGGGACGUGUGGACAAAAACUACCCGCUGGUCGUGGGACACUCUGGCCCUGUCCUGGACAUCGACUGGUGUCCCCACAAUGACAACAUCCUGGCCAGCGGCUCUGAGGACUGCACCGCCAUGGUGUGGCAGAUCCCAGAUCAUGUUCCCACUCGUCCCAUAACGGAUCCUAUCGUGGUGUUAGAAGGGCACUCAAAACGUGUUGGCAUCAUCACCUGGCAUCCCACCACCCGUAAUAUCCUCCUCACGGCAGGCAGCGAUAACUUGAUCAUCAUCUGGAAUGUGGGGACAGGAGAGCCACUGAUCUCUAUGGAUGACCACCCUGACCUCAUCUACAAUGUCAGCUGGAACCGCAAUGGAAGCCUGUUCUGCACCACUUGCAAAGACCGUCGGCUCCGUGUGUGUGAUCCACGCAAGAGAGAGGUCGUGGCGGAAAGACUGGCUCCACACGAGGGCAUAAGACCUAUGCGUGCCAUUUUCACCAGGGAGGGCAACAUCUUCACUACAGGCUUCACCCGGAUGAGUCAGAGAGAGUUAGGCCUUUGGGAUCCGACAAAUUUUGAGGAGCCCAUUGCACUACUGGAGUUGGACACAAGUAAUGGGGUCUUGUUGCCAUACUAUGAUCCUGAUACCAACAUGGUUUAUCUCUGUGGCAAGGGUGACAGUAGCAUCCGGUAUUUUGAGAUCACAGAGGAACCUCCCUAUGUGCAUUAUGUCAGCACAUACAGCAGUAAGGAACCCCAGCGAGGGAUGGGCUUCAUGCCCAAGAGAGGCGUGGAUGUCAGCAAGUGUGAAAUCGCUAGGUUAUACAAACUCCAUGAGAGAAAAUGUGAGCCUAUCAUGAUGACCGUUCCCAGAAAGUCGGACUUAUUCCAAGAUGACUUGUACCCAGACACAGCAGGUCCAGAACCUGCUUUGGAGCCUGAGGAGUGGCUGGAGGGCCGUGAUGAAGACCCCAUCUUAGUGUCCAUGAGGGAUGGCUACAUCCCUCCAAAGAGCAGAGAGCUCAAGGUUGCCAAGAAGAAUGUUCUAGAAUCUAGGCCUUCUCCUCGCAGGAGUAUGUCCUCCUGUGAUGGAAGCAACUUGCCACCACAGUUACUGGAGAAACUCCUGGAGGAGAUUCAGAAUCUGAAGGCCACAGUUCUCUCUCAGGAAAAAAGAAUCUGUGAUUUAGAGAAUAAGCUUUCCAAGUACACUAACGGCACUGUCUGACCUUCUUUGUGCAAAUACUUAACUACACUGCUCCAGUCACUGCUGCUUAAAUACCUCUUCUACAUUCACACUUUUAACUGCUCCAGCCCAAUCAUGCUCAGGUUUUUAGCAUUUAUCUCUAACUCCAUUCUGCGUGUAGCCUUUCAGAAAGCCUUUAGUAUUUGCACAGGAUGUAAGCAUCUGUAGUAAGGGCUGUGUGGUGAUGAGGAGUUAAGGAGUUAAGAUGGUGUUAAGGCCUUUAAACUUGUAUCAGUGUGUUUGUUAUUUGACACUUUACAUCAUUUCAUGCUGGUGUUUACGUGCUCUUUAGUAUAUCGUUUACUUAUGCUUAUGGUAAAUAGUAUUACACCAUAGAUGCCAUUUAUGAAGGCUACCCUGGAACACCACAAAAUAAGUUUUAAAAAUCAACCUACCACUUGGCUGCCAGUACUGACAAUGAGAAUGAAACUUGAGGAAAGCCCAACAAAUGCAAGUAUAACUCAUUAAUAAGAUAAUUCAGUGAGCACCUUACAUGACAGUCACUCUCUCCUGGGGAGCCACUCUGUUAACACACCGCAUCAGGCAUAUCAGGUACCAUUUUUAGUUGGCCAAGACUUUGGUCUUGGAAGUUUGAGGCUGACAAGCCUUAAGCUAGAAAAUACCUGAAACAACAACAAUAACAAGAACAAGAAAAAAACACUAAUACAGACCUGAGUAUUGUUGUUCCAAAUUGAACAUGGCCAUAACAGAAACACAUAAAAAUGCCAGUGUUUUAAGAGUUACUUUUAAGUUAGAAAGCAUUCAGAGUGCAUGGGUCCCCUCUGAGAGUCAGCUGUUUCUGUGUCAUUUUUACAUUGUGAUUGAAUAGUUGUGAAUGGUAAGCAGUGAGCAGUCCAAGACUCCCAUAUGAGGUGCUACAGAUAGCAAAGAAUACCUCUGUCAUCUGUCACAAACCAUCAUGAAUCUGGACAAAACUUGAUUUUCACCAGUCAAGCGGCAUUUUCACCUUGCCGCAAUGGAAGGCUGUUUAAAAAUGUGACAAGGGAUUUAAGACAUUUUAAAAACAGAUCAAGGAUCAGUAGAAGAUAACUGUUAAGUACUGUUCUACAGUACUUUUUGAGGUGUAUCCAGGUAUUUGGCCCCUACAGGUGCACUAUACACUAUAUUAUACUCUUCAGCUGCUUUGACCUAUAGUAAUGUCUUCACUGUAAGAGCACACAGGCAGACAGGUAUAUAUACACAUACACACCAACGUCCUCAACCUGCCAUCUCUGACCAACACCGUAAAACACCUCUCAGAUGGCUCUCAUGAAACCUUGCAAAAUGUAAAUAUUAUUCUGAACAGAAAAAUGGGAAAAUAUGAAGAAAAACAUGAAAAAAUGCAAAAUGCCAAAACCAAAGAAAUAAAAAUUGAUAGACGAUCUUUGUGUGCUCUGUAGAGGGUAA